GCUGACCACCAUGCACAGCUCCUGCAGUCUCCUGGCUCUGCUGCCGCUGCCGCUGCCGCUGCUACUGCUGGUGGCCACCACAAGCCCCGCUGGAGCCCUGAAGGAUCAUGAGAAACGUGAGAUGGUGGAGCUGCACAACCUCUACCGCGCCCAGGUGUCCCCACCAGCCUCGAACAUGCUGCAAAUGAGAUGGGACGAGGAGCUGGCAGCCUUCGCCAAGGCCUACGCGCAGCAGUGCGUGUGGGGCCACAACAAGCAUCGCGGGCGGCGCGGCGAGAACCUGUUCGCUAACCAGGACGAGGCCGAGGCCGUGGACGUGCCGCUGGCCAUGGAGCAGUGGCACCGCGAGCGGGAGCACUACAACCUCAGCGCCGGCACCUGCGACCCAGGCCAGAUGUGCGGCCACUACACGCAGGUGGUCUGGGCCAAGACAGAGAGGAUUGGCUGUGGUUCCCACUUCUGUGAGAAGCUCCACGGCGUUGAGGAGACCAACAUCCAGUUACUGGUGUGCAACUACGAGCCCCCGGGGAACGUGAAGGGGCAGAGGCCCUACCAGGAGGGGACUCCGUGCUCCCAAUGUCCCUCCGACUACCUCUGCGAGAACUCGCUCUGUGAACCCGUCGGAGGCCCGGAAGAGCCUCAGGAUUUGCCUGACCCGGUAACUGAGGCCCCGUCCUCCCUGGCAACUGAAGCGUCCGGCGCCAGGAAAACGGGUACGCCCUCUUCCCUAGCAACGGAGAUGCCAUCUCUCUUGAUAACAGAGCUCUCAGGCUCCCUGGCAAACAAGGCUCCGCCAGCUGUAGAAACUGAGGCCCCCCCUUCUUUAGAGAGGAAAGACCUCCCCUCCAUGGCAACAGAGGCUCCACCUUCCUUAACAGCUGAGGUCCCUUCCAUUUUGGCAACUCACAGCCUGCUCUCCUCGGAUGAGGAGCCAGUCACCUUCCCCAAAUCGACCCAUAUUCCUAUCCCAAAAUCGACUGACAAAGUGGCCAGCAAAACAAGAGCGCCCUCCAUGAGCCCAGAGAGAUCUCUGCACCCCGAGAUGUCCCUGACAAGGGCCGGGGAGCCCCUACUUCAUGCUCAGGAGGAGGCUGAGGCUGAGGCUGAAGCCGAGUUGCCUCCUUCCGGUGAGGUCCUGGCCUCAGUUUUUCCAGCCCAGGACAAGCCAGGUGAGCUGCAGGCCACACUGGACCACAUGGGGCACACCUCCUCCAAGUCCCUGCCCAAUUUCCCCAAUACCUCUGCCACCGCUAAUGCCAUGGGUGGGCGUACCCUGGCCCUGCAGUCCUCCUUGCCAGGUGCAGAGGGCCCUGAGAAGCCUGGCAUCAAGCCGGAGCUGAUCUCGGGCACUGGUCAGGUGUGGGGUCCUCUCCUGGGACUACUACUACUGCCUGCCCUGGUGUUGGCUGGAAUCUUCUGAAGGAGACGCCCCUCAAAGGCAAGGCCUGGUGAGGGAACCCUGGCCUUAUGCCCUUUCUGGAGUGUCUUCCUCCAACUGAGAAGCCACAGCUUCCAGGGCAGGUCCUGCUCUGUGGCCCAGCAGUCCCCCUUCACUCCAGCUUCUGGCCAGAUUCCAGGCCAGCAUUCUUGUCCUCUCAGGAGGCUUCUACAGGGCUAACCCCUGGUACUACCCCAGGAGUGCCUCUGCAUCUAGGGAGGCCCACCCCUCAGCCAGCUGCAGACUGUUCUGAGCAGCAUUCCUGUGGCCACAUGUGCCCAUUCUCAAGUUGUCCUGUGGCCAUGGGUCUGCUGUCUCAGGGGCCAAGGAUCUCGGGCUCCAUAGGAACCCUUUGGCCCCUCCCAGUCCCCUGGCCUCUUCCUUAAGUCAUCUGAGUCCAGGGCUUUCCCCAGAAGUACCUCCUGCCUUCCCAGGGUGAAGAGGUCAGCUGUCCUCCUGCCAUCUCCCCCACACUGUCCCCAGUCCCCAAACAAGACACUUUCUGGCUGAAGGCCCACUGGAAGGGAAAGGUGGCAGGGCAUGUGCCUCAUCCACAGCACCUCAGAGGCACAAGGCCUGGCUGGCUGCAAGCCCAGGGGGCCGCCCGAUGACUGCGCACUGGGCCCAGACCCUUCCCGUCUCUUCCACCUGAGUCCUGAGGGUGGGGCUGGGGAUUCUGGGGAGCUCCCUGCCUGCGUGGCCUGGUGCUGUCUGCCUACGGGCUCUUCCUGAGUGCCUGUGUAGCUGGGGAGGGGAUUGUAAGGACAGAUGAAGGGCAAGCCCCAUCCAAGUGGGUUCUAAGCGUGGGGAGGCAGGGACCUGGGAAGGGAAGCAACCCCUGACGCCUGAAUAAAAGCCUGUCUGAGAGAA